AUGCCUUUCAACUACAACAAAGUCCUCGUCCUCGGUGCCACAUCUGGUAUCGGUUGGGCUCUUGCAAGCAAGCUGGUCGAGAAUGGCACUUCGGUUAUUGUUACAGGCCGUAGACAAGAGAAGCUCGAUGAGUUUGUUGCUCAACAUGGCAAAGAGAAGGCCGAGGCAGUACAGUUCGAUAUCACACAGCUGGACAAGAUUCCCAAGUUUGUAAAGGAUAUCAUGGAGUCUCACCCAGACAUUGACAGUAUCUUCCUCAACUCUGGCAUUCAGAGAGGAUUCGACUUUUCCAAGCCUGAGAGCAUCGAUCUCAGCUCGGUUUCAGAAGAGAUGAACACCAACUACAUCUCAUACAUCCAUUUGGUCACCGCCUUUACCCCGUAUCUGCAGAAGCAGAGCAAGCAGACCUCCUUCAUCUUCACCACAUCUGGAUUAGCUUUGGCUGCUCUGCACCAUUUCAUUCUGGUGCUUCGUGAACAGCUCAAGAAUGGCCCUGGAAACAUUCAGGUUAUUGAGAUCUUCCCUCCUGCAGUACAAACCGAGCUACAUGACGCGAAGCACCAGCCGGACAUCAAGAACGGUAGCCAGAUUGGAAUGCCGCUGAAGGACUUCACGGAUGCUACAUGGGCUGGACUCGACGCCGGCAAGGAUCAGAUUCCUGUGGGUAUGUCGGAGGGCUCGUUCAACGGAUGGGAGCAAGAGAGACAGAAGGCAUUCCACGGUAUGAAUGCUCACAUAGCCAAGAUGAUGGCACAGCAUUCGCAGUAA